AUGGUGCUCUUGAGCGGCGGCAAGGUGCACAAGGAGCUGGUGUUUCGGCCGCCGAUCGAGGCGCUCGACCAGGACGUGGCCAUCGACGCGGCGGUGCGCUACGACAUCAUCGCGGGCAACGAGCGCCGCCUGUUCCGCCUCGACCCGCGCAACGGCUCGCUGUUCCUCGAGCGGGAACUGGACCUGGACGCGGAGCGCACGCUGCCCGGCAACACCUUCUCGCUCACCGUGCAGGCCGCCCAGGUGGACAACCCGCUCAAGGCGGGCGUGGCGCGCGUCGAGGUGGAGCUGCUCGACAUCAACGACAACCUGCCCGAGUUUGAGGUGGACCUCUACAACAUUAGCAUCGUCGAGAACCUCCCCAAUGGCUUCAGCGUGCUGCAGGUCAUGGCCACCGACAAAGACCAGGGCGACAACGCGUUCUUCACGUACCAGCUGGAGGACCCUCUGCAGGCGUUCAACAUCGACGCGCGCACCGGGUGGCUGACGGUGCGCGACCAGGGCCGCCUGGACCGGGAGAAGCAGCCCACGCUCACCAUGCACGUGCGCGCCAAGGAGAAGACGCCCUCCGUGGUGCGCGGCGCGACCGGCGACGAGAACAGCUCCUCGGUCAACGUGACCGUCACGCUGCUCGACGCCAACGACAACAACCCCUCGUUCGUUCCCAGUAACCUGUACGAGUUCACGGCCUACAACGACGCCGCCGUCGGGGACGUCAUCGGGCAGGUGAAAGCCGUCGACCCCGACCUCGGCCGCAACGGCAUGGUGCUCUACGACGUGCAGCGAACGGGGAACCUCUCGUCGACCGCGCUGCCCUUCGUGGUGGACGCCCAGACCGGGGAGGUGUCGGUGGCGGACGCGCCGCUGUCCCCGGGGAGGCACGCGCUCUUCGUCGAGGCGUCCGACCAGCCGGCCAACCCGUCGGAGAGGCGUUUCUCGCUCGCCGUCAUCUCGGUCGACGUCCUGAAGGCCGGGCGCAGGGACGGAUCGCAGGGCGAGCAGGUCCCCGACUUCGUCGGCGCGCCCUACGAGUUCUGGGUGGGCAGCAACGUGGCCAUCGGCACCAGCGUCGGCCAGAUCAGGGUGACCGACUCGCCCGACUCGCGGAAGGUGCUCUACGACCUGCUGCACUCGUACCACGAGGGCGUGCCCUUCGCUGUGGAGGAGCGCUCCGGCACCAUCACGGUGGUGGCGGACAUGCGCAAGUUUGAGCGGACGCUGUACGACUUCGAGGCCGUGGCCACCGACUCGAGGGACAUGGUGCUCGUCACUAAUGUCACUAUCCACGUCGUCCAUCCCGAGGACGAGGUUGCAACCCUCUUCAAGGGCGCCAACGGGGCCGCGCGACGCCCCAUGGAGUUCCGGGUGCGGGAGAACCUGGCCGGCGCGCUGGUGGGCCAGCUGCUCGCCCCGGGCAGGAACGUGACGGGGCUUAACGUGACGGACACCAAGGCGGCCACUGGACCGGCUAGUAAGCUGCGAUUCGUCAUAGCCAACCAGCAGGACGUGGCGGAGCGGUUCGCCAUCUCUGCGGACGGCACUCUAUACACACAGCGGGGCCUGGACCGCGAGGAGCGGGACUCCUACCGGCUCACGGUCAUCGCCGAGAACGCCAAGGGGCUGGUGCGGGGCUCGGGCGUCUUCCAGGUAGGCGUCGUCGUGGAGGACGAGAACGACAACCCCCCGGCCUUCGACCGUCCCUCUUACGAGGGUCGCAUUGCGGAGAAUGCUGCUGACGGUGCGGAGGUGAGCCUGGACGCAGAGGUGCACGCGAGGGACGCGGACACCGGCAGCAACGCGCAGUUCACCCUGUCACUGUACGGCGAGGGGAGGGACGUGUUCGCCUUGGACGCAGCGACGGGGAAGUUGACGUUGCGCGCCGGCCAAGUGCUCGACCGGGAGGCCCGCGCCGUGUACCACCUCCGGGUGAUCGCACGCGACAAGGGCGGCCUCACGUCCGAGGCCGCGCUCACCGUGCACGUCGAUGACGUCAACGACAACGCUCCGCGCUUCACGCGCAUGACGCUGCUCCAGGACGAGGGCAUGGACGUGGAGGCGGACGAGCCCGAGGAGAACGACAUCUUGGUGGUGGAUCACAGCGAGGCCAAGAACACGUCCUUCACGGCUCCGUCGCGCGCUGGCCGAGGCCAGCACCUGCUGCCCGUGGUGAGCGUGCCCGAGUCCGUGGCCGUGGGCACGCCGCUGGUGCGCCUGCUGGCCGAGGACCGCGACACGGGCAGCAACGCCGCCGUCACCUACGCCCUGGUGUCCGAGGCGCAGGUGCCCGGCGAGGCCGCCCCGCUCGCCCCAGCGCACGGACAUUUCAAGCUGGCGCCCUCCACGGGGGAGAUCCAGGUGACGCGGACGUUGCCGCCCGAGAGCGAGUUCCACCUCAACGUCACGGCGACGGAUGGCGGCGGCCUCAGCGACAGCGUGCUGGUGAAGAUCUACGUCCGGGACGUGAACGAUCACGCCCCUGCCUUCGUGCGCUCGUGGUAUACUUUUGACUUGGCCGAGGGCGUGUACACUAACCACGUGCUGGGGCGGCUGGAAGCGGUGGACGCUGACUUCGGAGCGAACGCCAAUAUCUCGUACUACAUCAUGCAGAUGCAGACUUACGACGACUACUCCACACUGCCCUUCCACAUCAACGAGCUCGACGGCACACUCACCGUGGACGGCGACAUCGACCACGAGGCCAGGGACUCGUACUCCUUCCAGGUGGUGGCGCAGGACCACGGCCUGGCCGAUGAACGCAAGCGUAGCUCCGUGGAUGUCGAGAUCCACGUCUCAGACAUCAACGACAACCCGCCCAUGUUCUUCGGCUACGACCGCAUCGCGCAGGUGACCGACGAUGACGGCAACGCCGCCUUCGUGCCCGUGUACUACGCGUCCGUCGUAGAGAACAACCCGGCCGGACUUGUGGUCGCACGCGUCUUUGCCAACGACUCCGACUUUCAGGGUAACGGAAACGGGCUGGUGCUGUACGACAUCCCGCGGCGUCAGGACAGAGAGGACUUCUUUAACGUGGACUCCAAAGAGGGCGUUGUGACGACCAGUGCCAAACUGGACUUCGAGACGCAGGGGACGCACAACGUGACCCUGGUGGCGCGUGACCUGGGCAUCCCCAGCCUCAGCGCCACGGCUCUCCUGGUGGUCAGCGUGGUGGACGUGCCGGAGACGCUGGAGGACUCGCUGGGCCCCAUGUUCCUGCAUCGGUACUACGAGGUGGAGGUGGAGGAGAACUGUGCCGUGCCCAUCGCACUGCUGGCGCUCAACGUGACGGAGGCGUACCGGGGCUUCAGCCUGCGCUACAGCCUGGUGCCCAACAAGCGCGCGGCCAGGGGCCUGGCGCCCUCCCCCGCCUCCAGCGCCGCCCCGGCCGCCUCGCAGCGCAGGGCCUCGGUCCUCUCGACCACGGCCGCCUCCAUGCCCCCCGCCAUGUUCCGCGUGGACCCGCGCAACGGCACGCUGGUCCUCACCGAGAGCCCCGACCGCGAGCUGCGCAGCCGUUACGAGGUGACGGUGCGCGUCGACGUCAGCAAGAAGGGCCGCGCCCUCACGAGCCCCGCGCACGUCGUGUACCCCGUCAACGAGGACCGGCUGACCGACCUGGCGCCCAACGAGGUGAAGGUGGUGGUGCGCGUCACGGACGUCAACGACAACCCCCCGCGCUUCACGGUGAGCGGCCGCCCCAUCGUGGCGGCGAUCCCGGCCACGGCGCACUACGGCUACCAGAUUGCCCGGCUGCAGGCCAAGGACCCCGACGAGGGCCUCAACUCCGAGGUGCGAUACCAGAUCCUGGACCGCGUCGACGACGAGUCGCACAAGUUCGCCGUGGACCCCGUGACUGGGCAGGUCCGCUCCAUCGUGAGCUUCUCUCGGGACGCGGGCCGCGUCUUCGGCUUCGACGUGCGCGCCACGGACCGGCGGGGCGCCGACGACGGCAAGUCGGCCAUCGCCAACGUCUUUGUGUACGUCCUGGACGAGGAGAAACAGCUCGUCAUGCUGAUGGCGGCGCGACCCGUCGACGUGGAGACGAGCAUGGAGAACAUCACGACCAUCCUGUCCAACGUGACGGGCAUGGACGUGCGCGUGCGCAAGCUCCAGCCUCGCAUCGACGACUCGUUCUACAGCCCCGCGACCGACCUGUACCUGUACGCCGUGGACCCCGUCAUGAAUGUCAUCAUCGACAUGGACACGCUCUCCCACAUGCUGACCACGCAACAGGCCGAGCUGCGUCGACGGCUACCCUCACUGCGCGGCGUCGACCUGGUCGGCGGAGGACUGGAAGUGUCGCGCGCCGAAGCGCACGCGCUGUCCGCCCUGGAGGUGGGCGUCGUCGUCCUGGGCUGCGUCGUGUUCCUGGGCGCGCUGACGGCGGCCGUGUGCGUGGGCUGCGUGCGCCGCUUCCGGCACCGCAAGGGCGGCAAGGGCAAGGACAAGCUGGGCGGGUUCGCGCACCAGACGCCGCUCACGCUGCACCACAAGGGCCCCGGCGGACUCUACCCGGGCACCACGCCGUCCUUCUUCAGCCUGACGGCCAACACCAGCCUGGGUCCGCCGGGGAUGCCGCAGGGUCUGCCGCCGCACCCAGGGCCCGCCCUGUCCAGCGUUGGCGGCGGCGGCGACACGACCGAUACGUACGUGGAGAUGCACUCCAACAAGUCGUCCAACUGCAACAAGCGGCGAUACCCGACCAGCCAGCGCACGCGGGCUUCACGCUCGGCCUCAGCCCACCACCGGCACCAGCACGAACCCACCUGCACCCGCCACAGGCGGCACCGGCACCAGCGCAGGCCCAGCAACGCACAGGGUUUGCAUAUGGCGCGCUCCAACUCCAACGCAGGUUUCGACGUGGGUCUGGGCUCGUCGGCCGACUCCGGACAGAUCCUGUUCGAGGAGCGAGACAGGGAGCUGGGCUGCUGUCCCUGUGGACACUCACCGUCGCACUCGUCAGCAGAGAGCUCCAACGGCAGCUACGAAGACUCGCUCAAGUCCUCCCGCCGGCCCUGCGGCAUGUCCCACGCCAACACGGCCACGGUGUCGCGCACGAGACACCGGCAGCGCGAGGCGCCCCAAAUGAUCGGCAGCAUGGGGACUCCCCUGACGCGGCGCCAGUCGGAGCGGGUCAUCAUGUGCCCGAUGCAGAGCUGAGCAGCCCGGUCGGCCGGGGCGGACCGGACUUCCCCUCGUCGACCCCCAUAGCUGCAAGCGUUCUCAGGCGUGACCUAGCAGUAGCUUGCCAUUUCGAUAGUCGUAACCAUACGGUUCUAACUUUCACAAGGU